GUCUCCAAACCACCAGGGGUCGGAAGCUGUUAACGGAAGUGAAACCUCUUCGCUCAUAAAUAAAUACUGUCUCUACGAGGCAUCCAUGACAGGUCGUGUUCUCUGUAGGUACUAUUCCUAUCACCGAGUCCUUGCACGGAGCAAAAGUGCCUCUUGAAUGCACUAUGAAGCCGCAGCAUGGUGCCAAAAGGCGCCCGUCUGUGCCAAAAGCAUCUGGAGCUGUGGCCGCGCUGUCCCUGCAAGAGGAGCUGGUCGCAGCGAUACACGGAGCGUUUGAAGUGGCGGUGGAGAUCGCGGUUCAGGAGGUGACGAAGCUCGUCGGUCAAGCAACAGGAGACGUCCAUGAAGAAAUGCGACGGGAGAACGAGUCUCUCAAACAAAGACUGCAGAGGGCUGAAGCUCUGCUGGAGUCGGCGCGCAGGGAGGGAGGAGGCGGCUGCUCUCCUCCCCCUGAAAACCUGGAAGCCGCAGACCAGAGAGGUCGACCGCCGCACCCGACAUGCAGCCUAAAGAGCCCACAUCGCCACAGUGUGCACGGCCGCAGGGGGGGGAGAGGUGGGGCGAGUCCUGCAGGUGACAGCCGGGCAGACCACGUGAGGCGGGAUGUGGAGACACAGCCUGUCAGGGAUGCUGCCCCACACCAGGAGAAAAAUAAAGGAUGUGAUGUUGCCUGUGAUGCCUUGACUAUAGAAGUCAGUGAAGCGAUGUCCCGUGUAUGUGUGGUGAGGGUGGAAAGCAUGAACCAGCCAUGUCGUGAGCUGACAGCCCAAGACCGCAGCUCGCCACCACUUCCCAGUUCGGACGACGAGACCACUUUAGGGCAGGUCACAGUGAAGCAGGAGAAGCCAGAAGAAGAGACAGACGGCUCAGCUUGCUGUUUGGAAUCAAUCAAAGUGGAGGACUUUAGCCCCGAGUGCAUGUUAGCGGUCCACUCCAAAAUGAUGGAGGAGUGGAAGCAAGACGUGCUGGAUAGUCAGGAGCAAGACUCAGACAGUCCUCUGUCUUGCACCGGGCUGCCUCAGGCUCAUCCUCCAAACCUGACAGCCAACCUCCCACAGCCCACAGAUCUCCCAUCCCUCUCCUCAGAGUUCCCAACCAUCUUCCCAGAACCCCCUCCACAGAUUUACGGAGUCCAUGUACGGACCAGCCGCAACCUCGGCCACGUCAACCUCUACGCCUGCAAGUUCUGCGGUCAUACGUUCCACCUGCCCAGCUUGCUGCGGCGGCACUCCGGCCAGUGCCAGCAGAAGCUCCAGCAGUGUUUUCAGCAGCCCGUAGCAGGAAGCAGGAGGAACAGACUGCAGCUUUAUCCACCAGGCUGCAGCCCCUUCCGCUGCACGGUGUGCAACCGAGAGUUCAACCGCAUGGAGAACCUCAAGACUCACCUUCGCAUCCACACCGGAGAGAGGCCAUACACCUGCUCAGUCUGCUCCAAGUGUUUCCGUCACUCUGGGGCCUUGACCAGGCACUUUCGCAUCCACACUGGAGAGAAGCCCUACAUCUGCGGACAGUGUGGGAAGUCUUUCAGAAACUGUGGAGGGCUUAAAUUCCACCAGCGGUCACAUAGUAAGCAGCUACAGUAAUGUGGGAUGCAGCAAUGUCAAGGUUUUCAAGAUUACAUUUUAUGUGUGAGAUGUAAAUUGCUGAUUUUAUGCAAUGCUCAACGGCCAUGUUUUGAUUUGAUGAUUUUUAUGUUAAAUUAAUAUUUUGAUUGGUUUUUACAGCCUCCGGCAUCAGAUCUAUACCAUAUCUUUUGUACACCUGAAGCCCACGAUGGCCUCAAGAAUUAUGCUUUUGUUCCCAAAAAAAGGUUUGUCAGUAGCAUUUUACAGCAUUACAAGGAAGCAUGAUCAGCAUUUCACAGCAGGGUUAUACUUACUGGCUAACAUCAGGUUUUUGAGACACGAGUUGCCCAGACUUGCCAGAUGAAACUUAAAGGCACAAACUGUAGGAACAGUCAAGUGCAUCGUAUUGAGGUUGAAUUAUUGACUUACUGAAAAGCUUUAUGUAAGUGUUGAUGUUCUAUAAAUUGUGUCAUUAAUAGGGUUGCAAGUAGAGAGACAAAAUGUUGACUCUAGCUGUGUGGUCAGUUACUGAGUCAGCCAUGUAGCUGCAUACUGUACAGUAUAUGAUGGCUCAGUACUUCCAAGUGCCAUUUUUUUCUUGUUUUAUGAUGGUGGUUAAAGAGAAUCAGUUUUUUUUUUCUUUCAUGGCGAUCCUGUCGAUGUAUGUGUGCCUAUCCAAAUAAGCAUCAUAUUUUAAAUAUUGUAUAGAAAAUGUCAUUUUCUGAAUAAAAUGAAUGGAAAUUAUCCAGAAA